UCCUGCUACAGUUUAUUGCGGUAGCUUAACAGGCAAGUUAGCUAACUAGCUGCUAAUACAGACCCUUAAUGAUAGUGCUUUUCAUUUUUUGCUAGCUCAUAUCUAAAAUGAAUGCGACACGUUUAACGUCUGGCUCACAUAUUUAAAAAAAAACGUAAUCUUAUAUCGCGUAAGAUACCUCAAGUCUUAUUUAUUAGCCACCUGCUAGCAAGCAAAGCUAACGGGAUUCAGUCUCACGUUAUACGAUGGCAAGUGCAGCAAAUGCAAACCUCAACGCAGUCCGGGAGACCAUGGACGUGCUACUUGAGAUCUCCAGGUUGCUGAACACAGGGUUGGACAUGGAGUCUCUGUCGAUAUGUGUGAGACUGUGUGAGCAAGGCAUCAACCCAGAAGCUUUGUCUGCAGUCAUCAAAGAACUGCGUAAAGCUUCUGAAACACUCAAGGCUCCUGAAAACUGCACUAACUGAAGUUGCAGCCUGAUCACCACAGUUUGAACUUGAAUGGGAUCAUGAUGCCCCGUUCCUGGAUCUGUAACUACGAUGGGCUCUCCAGCCAAUCACAUCUGCUUGUGUGUUGGCACUCUGUCCUCUGCGCCUCCGUGGUGACUAACUAACUGUUCCUGUUCUGUGCUUUGACUUGUCCUGAGUUUUGUGUGGUGGAGGUAUCAACGCCAGUCCUCUUCCUAAACACAAAUCUUCUCCCGACAUGAGGGCAUGCUCAGCCAUUCUGCUUCAGAUUUGCUUGCAAGUUUCUCCUCCGGCCAUUUGUAAAGUGGAAGAUCAGAGUGGUUUUAGCAUUGACAUCCUGCCUUAAUUUAAGAGCAUACUUACAAUGUAUGAUAUUUAGCUUGUGUUGCACUUUCCAUGAGGAAAUGUUUUUAUGAUGUCUUGAAAUAUCAUUUGCUAUGAAUUGUUUAUUUUUAUUUUGUGUAAACAUAAUGUAUUUUUUUCGACUUAAUCCUUUUGAUAUUUCCAUUGUCUGCUUAAGCAUCAAUGAUGGCUCAAAGUCUAAAUUAAAAUGUUACAGUCAACAACCACAA